AGUCACAGCCAUGGCCUCCAAAUCUGAGAAGAGGGUUGCCUCCUCUGUUUUCAUCACCCUGGCACCCCCACGCCGGGACACGACUGUGACAGGAGAAGUGAGGCAGGUGGCUCGGGAGACCCGAGGCCGGCCCUGGGAGGCCCCUGCUCCUGGGAAGGCGCCUGGGGGUGGCCUGGCCGGGAGGCCCAGCCCCUGGGCUCCCACCAGCAAGGCUGCAGCCUGUGACCCAACUGGGCCUUCUCAACUCUCCAAUGGAGAUGUCUGCGGCUUCUGCCACAAGCCUGUGUCCCCUCGAGAGCUGGCCGUGGAGGCCAUGAAGAGGCAGUACCACGCCCAGUGCUUCACCUGCCGCACCUGCCGCUGCCAGCUGGCCGGACAGAGCUUCUACCAGAAGGAGGGGCGGCCUCUCUGCGAAGCCUGCUACCAGGACACUCUGGAGAAGUGCGGCAAGUGUGGAGAGGUGGUCCGUGACCACGUCAUCAGGGCCCUGAGCCAGGUCUUCCACCCUCACUGCUUCACCUGCAUUACCUGCGCCCGGUGCAUCGGGGACGAGAGCUUCGCCCUGGACAGCCAGAACCAGGUGUACUGCCUGGACGACUUCUACAGGAAAUUCGCCCCCGUGUGCAGCAUCUGUGAAAAUCCCAUCAUCCCUCGGGACGGGAAGGACUCCUUCAAAAUUGAGUGCAUGGGAAAAAAUUUCCACGAGAACUGCUACAGGUGUGAGGACUGCAGUGUUCUCCUGUCCGUAGAGCCCACUGACCAAGGCUGCUACCCGCUGAAUGACCAUCUCUUCUGCAAGCCGUGCCACGUGAAGCGGAGUGCGGCCAGCUGCUGCUGAGACGCCCAGCCCUGCCCUGACUUUGUUUCUCUUCCUCAUCUAUUCUUGCACACUUUCUUCCUGAGCCUUCCUGUGGACAGUGGGCAGUUCAGCCCAGUGUGUCUAUUAUGCAGGGGGACUGAGCCCCUCCCACCCUGGGGUGCUAAUACCAGCCCCCCACACUUUCAGUUCCUCCUCCUUGCUUGCUAGAAGCAUCGUUCAUUCCUGGAGGCCUUUCAGGCCUUCUAGUAGAUGGCUUUAACCCAUGAGGGGAGGGGAGGGCGGAGGUGGAGGUGGAGGGCCCCCCCCCACAAGUCUCAAGAUUAGCACCUAGUAUCCCUAGCACUGACAUCAUCCAGUACAGUGUGCUGAGAUGCGUGUGGUCAGCAGGUCUGAGCAACGUGAGGGGAAACACCACCAUCUUGUAAAAAGGCCAGGGGCUACCAGUGACUCACACCUGGAAUCCUAGCUACUCAAGCAUCUAAGAUCUGGAGGAUCACAGUUUGA